AUGUCCGACUCUGAGGAAAUUGUAGAGGAGUACGAAGAGGAGCAGGAGGAGGUGAGCGAGGACGAGCAAGCUGAUGAGGAAGAGGAGCAAGGCGAUGUAGUGGAGGGUAAAGAGGAGCCUGUGGAGGAGGGUGAGACGGAGAGGGAGCACGGCGAGGAAGAGUCCAAGCCAAGGCAUAAGACCACCUACGUGCCAAACAUCGCUCCUCCCAAGCUGCCCGAUGGUGAGAAGGUGGACUUCGAUGACCUCCACCGCAAGCGGGUGGAGAAGGACUUCAACGACCUUCAGACCUUGAUCGAGCUGCAUUUCACCAACCGGCAGAAGGAGGAAGAGGAGCUGGUGGCGCUCCGCAGCCGCAUCGAGCACCGGCGCGCCGACCGGGCCGAACAGCAACGCGUCCGUGCUGAGGAGGAGCGCGAGAGGCAGGCGCGGCUGGCCGAGGAGAGGGCCAGGCGGGAGGAGGAAGCGGCCAAGCUCCGAGCAGGGGAGGAGGCCAAGAAAAAGAAGAUAUUCACCAACAAGUCCUUUGGCGGCUACAUGCAGAAGAUGGACCAGAAGAAGGGCAAGAAGUUGACGGCACGUGAAGAGAAGAAGAAGGCGCUGAUGGAGCGCCGCAAGCCCCUCAACAUCGACCAUCUCAACCAGGACAAGCUGGCGGAGAAGGCGCGCGACCUCUGGCAAUGGCUCCACCAGCUUCACGCCGAGAAGUUUGAGCUGGCCGAGAAGCUCAAGAGGCAGAAGUACGACAUCUACGUGCUCCGCAACAGGGUCAGCGACCACCAGAGAGGCUCGAAAGCAUCCAAGACCUCCCGCGGGGCUAAAGGGAAGUCGGGCUCCUGGAAAUGA